GGUCGGGGGUUUGAAUUCGUUGAAGAUGGAAGAAAUGGUCCAGGCCACCAUCGCCUUCCAAUGAUUCUGCUAUAAAAUUCCACCCUCUCGAUCUUCGUUGCAUCAUACCCCACACGCUCAACAAUAUCUUCUCCUUUUUCCUUCCCCUCUUUGAAUUUCCAAACCUAACGCCAUGUAUCAGACUGUUGUUCUCAAGGUUGGCAUGUCAUGUGAAGGCUGCGUUGGAGCCGUCAAGAGAGUUUUGGGGAAAAUGCAAGGUGUGGAAUCAUAUGAAGUAGACUUGAAGGAGCAGAAAGUGACCGUGAAGGGCAACGUCCAGCCUGAUGUGGUUCUGCAAACCGUGUCGAAGACCGGAAAGAAGACCACCUUGUGGGAAGCUCCGGCCGAAGCUGUUGCAACGACUUAAAAUGCCCCACGGUUGCUCUACUUGAUCGAUGUGAUUAUAGCAUUUUAAAACCGUCAUAUAAAUUGUUGAAUGCAUAUGAUAAGCUCUUGGGUGCUUGUGAUGGUACCAAAAUGGAAGAUGAUUACCUUAUGAUAUUUCUCUGCUUUUAACUC